AUGAUAUCGGCCGGCAUCAGUUCAACCAGGAAGUUACAGUUUAUUUUCAUCGACAAAAACAUCAAAACCACUGGUCGAGUCUAUAAAACUGAGGUUCUCGACGUUCAAAGCUAUAUUGCCCUUGAAGCAAACCAUCAGAAAGUGAUCUACCAACAACAGGACUCGGCUCCUGCACACGGAACGAAAACGAAAAUUCGAUAUUUGCAGAAGAAAAUUGGAUCAUACUUUACCAAGGACCAAUACCACGCAAACAGCUGGAUCUCGAUCCAGACUAGACUUUUUGGUCUGAGGACUCACGGAGGAACAGUUAAGGGUCAAGAAGUGACUAAUUCGGAUCAACUGGAGAAAGAAUUCGAGAGAGUUUUGCACGAUCCUGAACAGGCACACCAUUGA